AUGAAUCGUCAUCGGAUGAUGAGCUCCAGUUUGAAGAAGAUGCAGAGCGGUGUGAUAAGUCGGGACAAAGUUCAUAUAGAAAAGCUGGCGCUGCAGGCGAUUAUUGGCCCGGACUCCUGGAACCGUGUGACCCCGCAAGAAUGUAACAUCUCUCUGGAGAUGGCAACCGAUUUCGAAAAGGCGUCGCGGUCGGACGAGCUCAAAUACUCGCUAAAUUACGCAGUAAUCUCCAAGGAUAUCUCUCAUUUUGUCAAUCCCCGUCAAAACUACAAAUCUCUGGGAUUGCUAGCUGAACGUGUUCUGCACCAUAUCAAGGAUGGAUACCCUGGUAUCCAAUCUUUGGCUCUGAAGGCACAGGCUGGCGACGCCCAUAUAAGAUCGGAUGGUGUGAGUGUUGUAGUCCACGCACCGGCGAGCGAGCAAACCCCAGAUCAGUUGGUCAUUUCCAACCUUAAACUGCUUACUUUGAUUGGGGUGUUCACUUUCGAGCGUCUGCAGAAGCAGUACGUGACGAUUGAUAUCAAUAUGCCAUGGAUGAGGCAGCCUGAAGGUAAUGUGGAGUACCGUGAUGUGAUAGAUAGUGUCGUGAGUUUUGUGGAGUCCUCCAACUUCAAGACCGUUGAGGCCUUGGUGGACUCUGUUGCGCAAAUCGUCACUCAGCAAGACUAUUUCACGAACCACCCAGACGCGCCAGUGAUUGUGAAAGUCAUAAAACUCAACGCAAUCACUGCAACUAGAGGAGUGGGUGUUAGCUGUACUCGCACCAAGAAAGACUUCUUGGGAAAGCCCCUUUUAGAAGUAAAUUCUUCCUCUGCCCAGCUGGGCAAUGCAUCUUUUAACUUGCCUGUCUCGCGCUCUGCGCAAACCGCAAGUAGUUCGAGUAUGAACGUUGCUUACUUGGCAUUUGGAUCAAAUGUUGGCGACCGCACUUCAAAUAUACAAUGUGCAAUCGACUCCCUGAACGCGCAUAAAGAUUUGCAUGUCACAAAAGUGUCAUCCAUUUUUGAAAGUGAGCCCAUGUACUUCCAAAACCAAAGGUUAUUUCUUAAUGGGUGCAUUGAGGUCAAGACCCUGUUGAGCCCGCAGGAGCUUCUUAAACUUUGUAAGAAAAUCGAAUACGAAGAGCUCAAACGUGUGAAGGAGUUCGACAACGGGCCUCGGAGCAUCGAUCUUGACAUUAUCUUAUACAAAACAGAAGAUGGCGCGAACGUUGUUUUGACCACCGACGACCUCAUUAUACCUCAUCCCCGACUUCUCGAACGCAGUUUUGUCCUAGAGCCUCUCUGCGAGCUAAUCUCAUUUAGUGAAGUCCAUCCAGUGACAGCAGAGCCAAUCAUUGAGCAUCUCAAUCAGAUAUACGAACAAGAGCGGGACGAAGAUGUUCUCUGUAAAGUGAUUCCUUUGCCUCGCAUUGGAGGCAAAGACAGAUUUUUGAAGUUCAAGAACAAGCCUAUUAGAGACAGCGUAACCGGCCGCUUCAGCACCCAAACGAUAUCUUCGACCUACACCAUGGGGAUUUUGAAUACAACACCAGACUCGUUUUCUGACGGCGGCCUGUUGAGUGAUAAUCUGGACAUGCAGGUUGAGAGGAUUCGAGUCAUAGUUCAAGAAGUUUUAAAGCUCAGUGAGCAGGUGAUCAUUGACAUUGGAGGCUGUUCUACAAGGCCAAAUUCUGAGCAGGCCUCGCAACAGCAGGAACUGGAACGUACAAUUCCACUUAUCAAGAAAAUUAGAAGUGACAAAACGAUACCUCAUGAGAAGGUGAUCUUGUCGAUCGAUACGUAUCGUGCUGGUAUUGCGAAGCUGGCUAUUGAGGCCGGAGUUGACUUGGUGAAUGAUAUAUCAGGCGGGCAGUUUGAUGCCGACAUGUUUGCGGUUCUCGCGGAACAUCCCAACGUCGGUUACAUCAUGUCACAUACAAGAGGCGAUACAAGUACAAUGACAAAGCUCACAAAGUACAGUGAUGCUGAGGCCGAAGAAAAUACCAUUGAGUAUGUUUACGGACAUGAAGAACGUGGCGAAGACACGGUUCUCGUCCGCAAUAUAGGACGAGAGCUGGCCCAGCAGUACGCCAAGGCGGUGGAGGUUGGCGUCAAAAGGUGGCAGAUUGUGCUGGAUCCUGGUGUUGGUUUUGCGAAGCAUUCCAUGCAAAACCUUGAGGCGAUCAAGGGCAUCAAUGUGCUCAAAAACUACAGUCUUGCCCGGGACCAGCACUUUAUUCAUUUCCGUAACCUGCCGGUUCUUGUGGGACCCUCGCGUAAAAAGUUUAUAGGGAAGAUCACCGGCGAUGAGACGGCCGCAGACCGGGACUUCACAACGGGCACCGUCGCCGGUGCGUGUGUGGGCUUCGGAGCUGACAUUGUUCGAGUCCACGACACUAAAAAUUGUGUCAAAAGCAUCAGAAUGGCAGACGCGCUGUACCGGCAAACGCUCUAA